GUACCGAUCGUAUUUACUCGUUAAUCGCUCGAGUCGGACGGAUUGUCAAGUCUCGAUCGUGUCAUUAAUUGGUGAAUUCGCGAACCGGUCUUUGCGACGGAUCGGACACACGUGCAAAAUAAAAUUUACAAUAAUAAUAAUAUUAACAAUAAUAUUAAAAAUAGUAUGCAUAGUAUUAUUAAUAUUUAAAAUAUUUCAAUCAUGUCUAUCCUUGCGUUAUCUUCGGUUUGUGUGACUGUCGUUUUCCUCCUCAUUGUUGCCGAUGUCCGAUCCGGCGAUAUCGACAGACGCGCAAACCACGACUACCCAAAGAUUUGGUUCUCAAAAAUCUUCUAUGAGACGCUGGAAGAUUUCACCGGGCCCACAGAUAUUGGCAGCUCGGAGUGUCGAAAACAGAUGCAGAUGUACGUCAGCCACUUGCAAAACGAUUCGCUGUGGGCCAUUCAGAUGUCCGAUUCGUGGAGUCGGUAUCCAAACGGCAUACUCGUUGGCACCUCACACCAGAUGGGCGUAUACGAAGAGUGCGUCAAAGUUCACCAGCCCGUUAUGGGUAAAUACUGCAUACCAUCCGUCAAGAUCAGCUCAUCGGCUGGCGUCGAUUUUACAGCCAAAAAAACUGACAAACUACACGUGAAUGACAACGCCUGGCAAGAGAUACUCGGGUUCGUAGAUCGCGAUAACCAACAGCGCAGAAAUGUCAUAAAAUUCGGCAUUUGCAUACCGGACUCUUGCACAGCUGACGACCUCCAGGUAACGUUGCAGAAGAAAUUCGACAUACACUUCCUACCGCACCAGGUUAAAGCUCAAGUCCAAGUUGAUUCGAUAUUGUGUUCGACGGACAAGGACGCGUAUCCGUACGAUACUGGUUACUAUUUGACCAGUUCACUAGUUGGAAUCUUGGUCCUGAUGUGCUGCGUGUCGACGGCGUUCCAUUUAAUAGUAAUAAUGCGGAAUAACAACGGGAAAAAGUGCAAAAUGUCGGAAAUAUUCAACACGUUCUCGUUGAUUCGCAACGGCAGAGAUCUGAUCAAGUACAACAGGAACAACGAUCUGAACAUAUUCAAUGGGCUAAAGGUUUAUACCAUGAUUUUGGUGCUGUUCGGCCAUAAAUUUUUGUACUUUGUAAUAAAUCCGAUCACGUACACGAUGCAACUCGAAAAGAUGUAUACGGAAGGACCGGAUUUCUUAUUGACAUCCAUGAAUUUGAUCGAUCCGUUUUUUUACAUUGCCGGUUAUUUAAUGUACAUCAUGUUGAUCCCGCAAUUCAACAAACCCGGCACCAGUUGGUACCAGAUACUUAUGGUGAUCGCUUACAAAUACAUGAAGGUUCUACCAUCUUAUGGGAUAGUAAUGCUGAUGACGGCUUUCGUCAUACCUCAUCUGGGGAACGGGCCGUUUUGGGCCUCGAGAAUGUGGCACGAAGCGGAUAAUUGCAAAACAUAUUGGUGGGCAAAUAUAUUGGCAGUCAGCAACUUCAUACCAGUCGAAAAUCAAUGUCUCAUUGCCGGCUGGUAUGUAUCGUGUCUGCUACAGUUUCUCGUCAUCGGGACCACUGUGGUUUACGUGUACGUCAAACGCCGAAAAAUUGGAAUAUAUUUAAUUGUCAUACUCUUGUGUGCGUCUUUGGCGAUAUCGUUCGUUACAACCUACGUCAACCAAGCUUACGGAAUAGUUCGUGUAAUGUAUUCGUUCCUGGAGAGUCCAAGCAAUUCAACGGAGUUCAGAAAUUACUACCGACCGUUUUUCUAUCGGGGUACACCUUUCUUCACUGGAUUACUUGCCGGCAUCGUUGUUGAAGAGCUGAAAAAACGGGAAAUUAAGUUUUCCACGACCGUCGUCUACGUCGGGACUCUGGUAGUCAGCGCCGCUUGCAUUUGGGGCCAGUUAUACGGUGCGCGGUUCCACGACGUGUUCAGGCCAUAUGACGUACUCGAACAGUCUGUGUAUGCUGCUUUCAGCCACUGCACGUGGGCCAUCAUACUGUUCUGGUUGACGUUGUGUCAUUUCACCACCGGUUUCGGACCAAUAGAAAAACUGUUCAACAACAGAUUAACGGUGCCACUGGGCAGAUUAUCCUAUACGGUUUAUCUUGUCAACAUCACCGUCAUGAUGAUGAUAGAAAGUAAACAAAGAACAGCCGUAACCCCUACAUCAUAUUUGUUGAUUGAUGGAUGGAUUUUCGGAGCAUUUAGAACAUACAUGGUGGGUACCAUACUGUAUUUGCUUAUCGAAGCACCGUCAGGGCUGUUGAUCAAAAAAUUAUUGUUUGGAAAAAAACACGAACACAACGGAACUGCUGUGAUGCCGCCAAAUCGGACGAACUCGGCCAACAACACAGAAACUGAACAAAAAAACACCUCACGUCUGUAGUAAACGCUCAAACCGUGAGCAGGCUUAUCUGUGAAUAAUAUUCUAAUAUAAUAUAUCGCUUACAUAUACACGGUGUCUCAAAUCUCAAUGUACCCAAGUCAGGUAUUGAAGAUUUUUAGUCAAUAACUAAUAUUUGUCCUAUGUACGUAUGUAUAAGAUUUCGGAAAAUCAUAUCAGUAUUAAGGGGGGGGGGGGUCACAGAGUAAUAGUCACAAUAUAAUAACAACUAUUAUAAGACAUAAUACAUUAAUACAGUUCGCCCAAAUGCAAUACAAAUCCAAACGUUUGUUUUCAUAUCUGUCUAAACAUUUCUUAUAUAUAGCACCAAUAACAUUUUACUAACAUUAAUAUUCAUCCAAUGACCACCAUUGAUGUCAUGGACUUGAUUUAAUAAACUAAAAGAAAUUUAUUUUUAUUUUUAUAAUAUAGUAUUAUCAUUAGAUAGAACUAAUCCCUGUACGUUCCUAUUCAAAAUAUAUCUAAUUAUUAAUUGGAUAUAUUUCGAGCAUAGAACAAAUAUAAUGUAUACUGUUAUUAAAGAGGACACAUACGCAUUGAGACACCAUGUAGGUGAUUUGUACAUAAUAUUAUAUAAUAUAUUUGUAUGUAUAUAAUAGAGUUGUAUAUUGUUAGUAAUUGUAGACAAUAUUUAAAUAUGACGUAUUGUUUUCGUCUGA